AGAGAGAGAGAGAGAGAGAGAGGAGCCAGUGUCUGAUCCGCUGCUCGGAGGCUCGGAGCCGGGGAACUAACGACCAGCAGCCGGUGAUCGGUUCAUCCUCUCCGGAACUGAGAGUUUAUCUUCUUUUUUUAUUUUAUUUUAUUUGCACAUUGAAGAGCAGCGAGCGCACCCCCCACCUUUUACGCACGGAUGGAGACGCUGGAGUGAAGUUUUUGGAGAGGUGUGGCGUCCCACAUCCCAGAGAUCAUGGCGGCCGGCACCCACUCCCCCGGGGGGCCCAAUGGCAUAAUCCGGAGUCAGUCCUUCGCCGGCUUCAGCACGCUACAAGAACGGCGCUCACGGUGCAACUCCUUCAUGGGGAACUCCGUUGUGCAGAAGAAGCCUCAGUCCAAACCCAAGAAGCCUCACCUGUCCGGACACAAGGGAGGAAGCAGCUCCAGAGACCCGCAACCCAAACGGGUGGAGGAGGUUUACACUGCGCUCAAACAAGGCCUGGAUGAGUAUCUGGAAGUUCAUCAAACAGAGCUGGAAAAACUCAUGUCUCUGAUGAAGGACAUGAAGAGGAACUCGCGCCUGGGAGUGCUGUACGAUCUUGACAAGCAAAUCAAAACCAUUGAGAGAUACAUGAGACGCCUGGAGUUUCACAUGAGCAAGGUGGACGAGCUGUACGAGGCAUUCUGCAUCCAGAGCCGUCUGAGGGACGGUGCCAGCCGGAUGAAGCAGGCCUUCUCCUCCUCUCCCUCCACUAAAGGCACCAAGGAGAGCAUCGCUGAGGUCAACCGCCGCUACAAGGAAUACACCGAGAACAUGAGCACGUUUGAGAGUGAACUGGAGAACCUGCUCGGGGAGUUUCAUAUCAAAAUGAAAGGAUUGGCUGGAUUUGCAAGACUCUGUCCUGGAGACCAGUAUGAGAUCUUCAUGCGUUACGGACGCCAGAGGUGGAAGCUGAAGGGGAGGAUUGAGGUGAACUCCAGACAGAGCUGGGAUGGAGAUGAAAUGGUUUUCAUGCCGCUUAUCACUGACCUCAUCAACAUUAAGGUGACGGAGCUGAAGGGCCUGGCCACUCACAUGCUGGUGGGCAGUGUGAUCUGCGAGACCAAGGAGCUGUUCACCGCCAUGCCUCAGGUGGUGGCUGUGGACGUCAACGACCUGGGCACCAUUAAACUCAACCUGGAGGUCAUGUGGUACCCCUUCGAUGUCGAGGACCUGACUCUGUCAUCCAGCAACGUCAGCAAAGCCACAGCUCUGCAGAGACGAGUGUCCAUCUACAGCCAGGGGACGCCAGAGACACCCACCUUCCAGGACAACUCCUUCUUUUCCACUCUACCAGAUGAUGUCUUCGAGAACGGCGGCUGUGGCAUGGCAGAGUGCAAGCGUCUCUCCUUCACCUUCUCCGACACCUCUUGUUCCACGGCCAGCCCCGCCCCCAGCUCCCACUCCCACUGCCAGUCCAACCCGGAGAUCACCGUCACUCCUCCAGAAACUGAACUGUCGCCCAUCCAAAUCCUCCCGACAAGAGAGGACUCCAUCGCAGAGGAGCAUUUGGUGGAGGAAGAGGAGGAGGAGUAUGAAGAAGAUGGUGAUACAGGUAGUAGAGGAAGCAGGGGCACCAGCGGCAGCCUGGCCAGCGAUGAAGCUGAGGCGACAGAGGACUCGGAGUGGGAACGCACCGAGUCCCAGAGAAACUCUGGCUCCAACAGUGGUUCUGCUGCACCGUCCCUGUGUUCUGACAGCCACAUGUCCACGGUGGCUCCAGAGGAUGUUUUCCUGGAUCACGCUGAUGAACUGAAACCCCUGGAGCUGGACACGGAGGAGGAGGGCAGCCUGACCAGGCAGCUUGUGAAGAGGCUGACAUCUUCCGAUAUCGUGCCCCCCAAUGGGAGCUCGGCCGAGAGUGGGGGGAGCCUGAGCUGGGCCGGAGAGGGGAGCAGGGCGUUCCUGGAGAGCAGCCUGGAGGAGGCCAUCCACAGCCUGCUGAUGAGGCUGGAGUCACUGACCCGCCGCUGCCGAGAGCUGCAGGACCUGGAACAGGAAGUGAUGCGUCUGGAGGACCUGCUCAAGUGUCGUCUCCCGGGCCACAGGAGCAGGUCGUCCAGCCUCAGUCUGACGGUGGAGAGCGCCCUGGAGAGCUUCGACUUCCUCAACACGUCCGACUUCGAUGACGAGGACACGGGCGACGAUAACGGCAUCCUCAGCCCCCCCCCGCUGUUUGAUACCGAUGGAGUGAGGAUCGGGACCCAGCAUCCAGAAGCCAGAGGACACCUGAGCGAGGCCCUGACAGAAGACACCGGGGUGGGAAACAGCGUGGCGGGAAGCCCCCUGCCUCUGACCACAGGAAACGAGAACCUGGACGUGGCCAUCGUCAUCCACCUGCAGUACUGUAACCACCUCAUACAGUUGUUGACCAACGGGCCGGGGGGGUGGCAGCGUCGCAGUCUGCUCAUCAAACUCUCCGCACAGACUCAGCUGUUAGAAGAACUAGCAGAGAUCAGUGUGGACAGACUGGGAGCCAUCACAUCUGCCGCUGAUGUCCUCCCGGGUCUCGCCGAGCGCCCCGAGCUGAUGACUCUGUGGUCGGAGUGCAGCGGGUCUGCAGGACUGUUCCACACCACACUGGACCGAGUGUUCAAACACAUGAACCAGCGCUACACGGCAGCGCUGCAGGAGAGACACCCACACAGCGCUGACACAGUGAUUGGUGUGGUAGUGGGUGAGAUGGUUGACAGGAGCGACCUGGUGACGUCACACGACCCCCCCGCCUCUGCUCUGGCCCAGGACGUCCUCACCGUGUUUCAGUUCCACAGCUACAUCUCACAGCACGAGGUUCAGGACAUGGAGACGCACCUGCUGCACCUGGCCAGAGAAGAGUUGUUUGCAGAGGCCCUCUGCAGUGGGGACUAUUCUCGGUGUCUCGCGGAGCUGGAGGUGGUGUCCGUGUCGACCCUGUGGCCUAAAGCCAGCACCCUGAGGGCCCUGGCCUCCCUGCUCACCGCAGACGACCCUCAGGUCAACGAGGUGGCAGCUGACUACCUCUCCUCAGGAGCGUCACACGGCCACUUCAGGGGCAGGGCUGUGGAGUGCUACACCCAGGCACUGUCAGAGGCCGGAGGUCAGAGCGUGAGGGCGGCUUGUUCAGCUCUCAGCCGCCUGCAGGCUGUCGAGAGCAUCAGGGCGGUGGUAGCACUGUGCGACUCGGCUGAUGAGGAGCUUCGCCACGUCGCCAUAGAAACACUACUCACAUUUGGUGAGGAGGGGCGGCUGGCGUACGAGCAGCUGGACACCGUGCCGGGGGAAAUUCUCCGACUGGGCACGCGGCGAGGGAACGCUGUCACCACGGCCUUCUGAGCCACAGCUCCACGGAGAAGACGAGAGGUCGACCCCCAGCCUGAGCUCUGAGGAUACCACUGCCCCCCCCUCCCAGCUCCACGCCACGCUGCACCUCACAGGGCUGUUCAUUUACUGAUCAGUUUAUUGAUCUCCACCCGCCGCAUUCGAUCACUGUUCUGACUGAUACCGCCUCUUACAAGGAAACUAACACCAAACAAACUGUCUUAACCACCAAGACGCACAACCUAUACCCCUCCUGCACACACACACACAAACGCUGUCCCGCCACCUUUACUCCCGCACACCCCCUCACUCACCCCCUUCCUCCCCCUGCGUUCUGAGCCAGGAACACUGGUCACGUUGAGUUUUUCACUUGAGCACAGCUUUGACGGGACACGAAGCCACUGAACGCUGCAGAGAAACUGUGGAAACUGGAAGCGGUGCAUCCUCACACAAGCCACACGCCAACGCGCACAACACACAACACACGUAUCACUCACCCGCCGAUUAACUCUCGUCUUGGCUGUUGCAGCGUCAGUCGUGUCAAGCAAUAUUCUAACUAUGACCUUUGUAUAAUCACUGUUUAUCACACGUUUAAGUUGGUGGCUUUUGCAUCACAGAUGUUUCUCGGGCGCUUUCGGACGAUUUGCACUGUUGUAAUGCAUGUAAAUAAGGCAUAUUUUACACAGCCGGUGUAAUAUAUAUACGGUUGUAAUUCAAAGUGUAUUUUUAGGUUCUGUUUUCUAGUACGUUCCAUUUUGAGUUUCAGGGAUUCUCGUGUGUUUUGUGGCGGCGAGGACCGUUAACGAGUGGAGAGAAAGUGAGGUGAAGUGGUGAAAGAGUGUGGAGCAGAUUUAAAAACCUCAAGUCGUGUUUUAUCAGUGGAGACAAAAGAAAAGGAAGAAGCUCAGAUCUAAACUGCUGAGAGAGUGAACCUGGAGUUUUUCUCACACCUGCAGUCUAACAAGUGCAAUUUUUCUGUACAUAGCUGACGCCAGGAGACGUUUGUUAAAAGUCGGACUUUUGACCAUUUGAGCCUUGAUGUGGUCGAGCAGGAAUUCUCUCUCUUUUUGUAAAUGUAUUUUUUUUCCUAGCAGGUACGGAGCCACUGGAGGGCAAUAAAUUCAGUUUGGAGAGCA